CCUUUCCACAUUUUCUCCAUUCCAGCACCAGAGUUAGGCUUCAGCAGUGGGACAGAGGAGGAGGAGACGUCCGGGUAUGAGAGUGAAGGCGGGCGUUCUCUUUCCCCUAUGGUCUCCAAGGAGCCAGUACCUUCAACCUCCCCUGGCACGGGGCGGCGAGCUAGAACAGCCUUCACAGCUGAGCAAAUCGACAGUUUAGAGAGAGCAUUCAAAAGGAAUGCUUAUUUGGGAGCCCAGGACAAAGCUGAUCUGUGCAAGAGGCUCAAUCUCUCUGAUAAACAGAUCAGGAACUGGUUUCAGAACAGACGAAUGAAGCUAAAAAGGACGGUGCAGGACGCCCUAGCACAUGCCUGCCAGGCCAAUGUGGCAUCACAGAUCAUGCAUUACCCCGAGCUGCAGUCCUUCAGGCCAGCACCGUACCCAAGUUACUACCAAGCACAAGAGAGCCCGAGUCCCUACAUGUGCCCCCCCAACAUUCAUUACACCCCUUCUGUUGUGCCCACACUGUCUGCCAAUGCUCUCUACCAGUACAGAUGUCCUCAGGGUCUUCCUGUGGCCCCUAGCAAUCCGGCUCUUCUGCAGCCAUAUCAGCCAUACUCUCACCAGUACUUCAGCUCACAAUGA